AUGUCUCCAAACAAAAAGCCGAUCGAAUCUUUGAAGCUCAACAACGGACUUUCUAUCCCUAAUGUUGCCUUAGGUACCUGGAAAGCCAGCCCCGAUGAUUGCUAUAAUUCGGUCAUGACUGCGCUGAAAAGUGGGUACACACAUAUUGAUACCGCAAGAAUUUACAGAAAUGAAGUGUCUGUUGGUCGGGCGGUGAAUGACUUUCUCAAACAGUCUCACUUGAAGAGAGAGGACCUUUUCAUCACAACCAAAAUUUCGCCCUUUGAGUUCCAGGACCCAGAAAAUGCAAUUCUCGAUUCGCUGGAAAGACUGCAGCUAGAUUAUGUUGAUCUUUAUUUAAUGCAUCACUGUGUGGCAGAAGUCACUGGCGAAGGUAUCACCCCUCGUGAUGAAAACGGGUUUAGAAAGCACAUAUCCCCAGAAGUAUUCAGCUAUGUUGAUGCUUACAGACUGUUACAAAAUCUAGUCGCUAAAGGUUACACCAAGUCAAUUGGUAUCUGCAAUAUCAAUUCGCCAAAAAUUCAACGACUUUUGGAAACAAAAGACCUGAUUCCUCCCGCUGUUGUUCAAUGCGAGAUCCAUCCGUAUCUUCCACAACAUGAGCUGGUUGAAUUCUGCAAGGCCAAUAAUAUUGUUGUGGAGUCAUACUCUCCACUUGGAUCAACCGGUGCUCCCUUGCUCCAGGAUUCGGUAAUCGUUGAAAUUGCCCAAAAGUAUGGCGUUACUCCAGCAUGCGUUGCUAUUAGCUGGGCCGUUGCAAGAGGGACUGUGGUUCUUCCAAAAUCAACAACGGCUCAAAGAAUUAAGGAGAACAUGUUCCUCAUUGAGCUUGACGAGGAAGACGUCAAUUUGAUUGGUAGUAUUUACAAGCGUAUGACCAAACGAUACCUUGAGCCAAAGUGGAAAAUCAAUGUUUACGACAGCGACGCUGAUUUUAAUCCGCUUACAUAG